AUGGGUGAGAUGCUUUCGGGGGGGGGGCUGGGUUGCCCAUGGGGUGAGACACCCCCCAAAUCACUGUGUCACUCAGGCCUCGUGUCCCAGGGCCACCCCCUUGGAAAAUGGCACCAGGAACCCCCUCCCGGAGUGCUUCCAGCUGGAUGGAGCCGAGGAAAAAGGGAUGAAAGGGGUUCCAGAAGGGGCCAGCCAGCAGCCAUGGCGGGCGGGAACGCCUCCUGGGUGGAGGAGCCCGGCGCUGCCUGCCCGUACAGGCGCCCGGCGCGGGGGCGGCGGGUGACGGAGGCGCCGAUGGAGCCGCGGUGGCAGUACCAGUUCCGGGUGAUCAUGCUGGGGGACUCGACGGUGGGGAAAUCCUCGCUGCUGCGGCGUUACACCGAGGGCGUCUUCCUGGACGCCGUCAACCAGACGGUGGGGGUGGAUUUCUACGUCCAGUUCGUGGAGCUGGAGCCGGGGCUGCGGGUGAAGCUGCAGUUCUGGGACACGGCCGGGCAGGAGCGGUUCAGAUCCGUGACUCGCUCCUACUACCGUAACUCGGCCGGGGGGAUGCUGCUCUUUGACCUCACCAACCGCGCGUCCUUCGAGAGCGUCCGGCAGUGGCACCGGGAAGUGACGGACACGGUCCAGCCCUUCCGCAUCGUUUUCUUGCUGGUGGGGCACAAGAGCGACCUGGCCGGGCAGCGGCGGGUGGGCAGGAGGGAGGCGGAGAAGCUGGCGGCCGCGCUGGGGGUGCAGUACGUGGAGACCUCGGCCAAGGACGCCAGCAACGUGGUCCAGGCUUUCCAGAUGUUGACCGUGGCCAUCUACCAGGCGCUGCAAACGGGGCGGCUGGCUGCCACCGAGGCGUGGGACGGGGUGAAGUGCAGCAUCCCGCUGCCGGCGUCGCUCAAGGCUCGGGCGCCGGAGAAGGAAGAGAAGCGGAAAAAAUGCUCGUGCUAAAACCGGGGACACCGGCAGCCUGUCCUCGGGGGGGGCUGGGACACUCCGGGCUCCGCGCAGGGCGUGAGGCAGAGGUGGAGCGGCUGGCGACGGCUGGGGCGCAUUAAACACCCCCUGUUCACCCCCGCGCCUGCCCGUGUUUUCCUGGGAAAGGGGAAGCGGCCGGCGCCGAGGCUGCCCAGGGGAAGGGUGAAGUCCCCAGGCAGGACAGGUUCGGGGGCUGCAGAGAGGUUUGUGUCCCCCCUUUCCCCUAUUUUCUCUCCAAACCCCUUUCUGCAAGGCUGCGUCCACCCCCCCCUCCCAGGGAGAGGAACCACAGGUCCUCCCGGCACCCCAUGUCCUGCCUCGGAUCAGCAUUGAUCCGAAUCCCCUUUCACCGCCCGACCCGUUCGCUCAGAGCUCGGGAGGACAAAGCGCCCUGGUCUGAGCGGCUCCUACGGCUCCCCCGAGCUGGAGCAGCCACUGAACAACCCCACGUCCCCCCCCCAGCAGCAGCCGAGCGUGGCCCCGGGCACCCAGACAGGCCUCGGCUGCGUUUACCGCAGUCCUUGGGCUCCGCAGGGAGGAGGAGAGAGCAGCCGUACCGGUUUCUGAACUACAGCCAAGGCGGUUUCCCCCGUAGCCCCGGCUGGAGCUGACGUUCACCACUUUGAGCAGAGCAGGCAGGAACAGGCAGGACGACGCGGCGUUUCUUGAUGUCCCAGGUGAGGAGAAAACCCGGAUCGCCGUGAUUUCUUGUCCUCAGUCACCCUGUCCCACUCCAAGCGAUGGGCAAACUCCUCACCCCGGGCUGGAGGGGGAGGGAAGGCGCCGUCCCAGCCCCAUCAGCGCGGCAGAGGC